AUGGAUGUAGGGUGCGACUCCCUUGGCUGCAACACUGAAAUCGAUACACUACGCUACACUGGUUUGUUUACAAGAUUACAAUAUAUUAAUAUUUACAGCAAUAACGGAUAUUGUUAGGAGGCGAUUGAUGGAUAGCCCUAUUCUCUUGGGAAUUUCAUCAUCAUUAUAUACUUUUACCUAUAACUUAAUAUUUAAGAAAUUGUACCCCAUUACCCUUUUUAAAUUCACUCCCUCACAACCGGUAUUUAUCCGUCACUAAUUGACAGAUAUAACUAUGAUAUUAUAUAAUGUUUUCCGUCUAACUGCACUUGUAUACACUUUUCGCCUAUUUUGCUCACUUUACGAUUACUAGUGCAAGAAACGAUGCCAAUUACAUAUGACAGUGUAUAUAGUACGUAAUCUUAUCCACACGAGUGAAAAAAACGACCAGUAGCGUACACAGAUAUUUUAAAUGUGGGGCGGGGGUCAUUACCAAAUUAUAUAAUAUACUUAUCAAAAUAUUAUGUUGUUCAACAAAAAUUUCUUUUUAUCAUCGAACAAUAUGUAAUUUCCUGGGUUUUCGUCCCAACUCAUCAAUGACCUCUUCAGGAGGUAAAUGCAUAGCCCGGUAUACCGACAACAUAGCCAAUCCAUUUAAUCUGCUCUGUGUAAAUAAUUGUUUUUAAUAUAAAAUGUAAUAAUUACAUGGAUGUGAAUUAAAAAUAUGUACUCAUAAAAAAAAAGAUUAUUUACCUCUUUCGUAGUACUUCUCAAAUAAGUUUUUACUCUUUUUAAAUUUGAAAAUAUUCUUUCUGGUUUAACUGUUGAUACCAGCAGUGUACAUAUCAUUUUUAAUAACUUGCGAAUAACUGGGAAGAUUACUGGAUUAAAAUUUGUUAAUGCAUCAAUUCCAUUUAAUAGUUUAUUAUUCAUACGAGAAAGUUUUAUUUAUUCCACAUUUUAAGUUCACUGAGAGCGGUAGAAAAAUCAAUAAAAGAUAAAUAGAAUGAAACGAGAGAUUCAAAAUCAGCUUUAUUAGAAAAUUGAACAGUACAAUAUUAUCAUAAUACAUUCAAGGUAUCAGGAAUUUGAACUUCAAAUGAUAUAAUAUUAUAGCUGUCCAAAUGUAAUAACUUGAUAAUUUAAAAGUAUAGAUAUAGACAUAUAGAUAAUAGGUACCGAUAACCGAUAUGGUGAUUUAAUACACAUCUAUAAAUAUUCGUUAAUUGUGUUUAUGUUUAUGUUUGAACUUACUUCCAACUGAUUCAACUAUAAAUAUACUAUGAAAAAAAAAUUAUUAACAAUCUUUAAAUUUUAUUCAUUUUUAAUUUUCAUAUAUUUUUACGUAUAGUGAAAAAAAUACCAAGGAUGAGUUUGAACACCUAACCCUCUUCCCCGUGUGUGUACGCUACUCUUAACAACACUGUAACGGCGUGACGGUGUAGAUUGCCCAUAUUUGAUAAGUAGGUGCCUAUUUUGUAUGUGAUCAGUAGUACUUGGAACAAACCGUGAUCCAUGAAUCAUUAGCUACUUCAAAUUUGAGAACUGUUAUCGAGAAAACGAUAGUAUACAGUAAUAUUAUACAUAUUACGGUCAAGAUCAUAAGACAAUAAUUUAUUUUGUUCCACUUCUUAAUUCGUAUUAUCAUAUCCGAUUAGUUUACUAAUGCUGGAUUGCAUCAGAUAUUACGCUUAUAGAACAGACAUAAACUUUUUAAACACCUAAUACCUAAUAGCGUUUUAAAAUAAAUUAAUUUGCAUAAACGCAUAAUAAAUAUUAAUUUUGUUAAAAUCCAACCUGUCUACCUACCUAAUUAUAUUAUACCUAAUAAUGUUAUAGCUAUAGGAAAGUGCUCUAAGAAAACCAAUUUAAAUACAAUCCAAACUUUUCGAAACGUUGCCAUAGUAUUUUGAAUAUUUUUUGUUCGAGAUUUUCGCCAUUUUAUUUAUUUAGCUUCAAAAUAUAUUGAAAAAAAAUCAGAACAUUAGUAAUGAGUAAUGAAAAUUAUUAUUUCGUAUCGCAUUAUAGAUUUAUCUAUAUGAACUAAUUAUCCAUUUUUGUAAUAACAUACAAUAUACUAUCAUUCGUUCAAAUAACUAUUUAAUAUAACAAUAUUGUUUUUGUUGUUGUUGUUGUAUUUAUACUAUUAUAAAUUAAUAGAGCGCAUGUAUGUUGUGUUGCAGAUAUCAAUGAUGGAGAAGGAGUCAAGUUGCGCGCCACGAUCACUUUUCCAAUAGGUCGAGCGAUCGCCAACGGCUAUGGCCCGAUGUCCAUCAAGUCGGUGGUGCGUAUUUACGGUAAGCAACUGGUGGGUAGUAGCUUCCAAGAGGGUAGUGGUGACGGCAGUGGUGACGGCAGUAGUAGCCGGGAUAUUAGUGGUUCCGACGUGUCCAGCUCCGAGUUCGGCGACGCCGUGCAGGCGUCCGUGGUACCUGUUAGGGUGUAUGGCCGUCGCGUGUCUUCCGACGGCGCAUCCCGAGAGAAACCGUCCCUGGUCACUGUCCUGACAUUUCCUACAGUCGGCCGAGGGCGGUGGAGAGAUGUGGACGUGACGCGUCUAUUGAAGGCACGGAAACCUCACGUCGCAAAUGUUGCCGAAGAACCCACCACUUUGGAAUUGUCGCUAUGGUAUCCAACGGCGUCUGAAACCAUCCAAAUCAGCGGUGGCUGUGACGGCUGCCACGCCGACCGACUUCCGGUCAUGCACUGUUUCCUGGACGGUAAUUUAGAAUACAGUAUGUGGCCGUUGGGUGAUGUAGAGCCGAUCCGGUGCACAGGGCUCGGGACGAUUCGGAAAAAGCGGGACGGUAUUGCCGCGGUCAAAGGCGGCGGUCGAGGACGAAAAGAUAAACGACGUCGGCCAUCCGUGUCCGGAAGUGUCCGUCGGACUGAUUGCAAAGUGGACCAGUCAUCGAUGGUUGGUACCAACAAUGGUACCAACAAGUGUUGCCGAGAACAGAUGCGGGUCGUUUUCGCCGACAUACCCGGUUUCGAUUUCAUCAUUGAGCCAAAGUGGUUCGACGCCGGUCUGUGCCGGGGACGGUGUCCGGCUAAGUACAACCCGGCAACGCGGCACGCGUUCAUCCAGAGUCUGUUGAACAACAACAGGGGCGUUGCGGACUCGCCUAGAAAUCGGCGGCAACGGAGACGGGUCCGGCACGGUGGCGAGAAGGAGAGCCGAGAAGCGACCGGGGUGGUAUCUCCGUGGAUACCGUCGAUACCACGGCCGUCUCCACCUAAACCGUGUUGCGCCCCAAGCAUGUUGGAUAAAUUGGAGAUUAUGCACGUGGACGAGGUGAAUCCGAAGAAGUUAACAGUGACCAGGUGGAAGGAAAUGGUUGUCGUGGAAUGCGCAUGUUCGUGAUUCCUAACCGCAGUUAGGACGCCUGUUAUAAACAUAGAUGAUAAAAACUUUAUUAUCCGUGUGAUUAUAAUUUGUAAAAUGGUUGUAAUUAAUAUUAUUAUCGUUCAAACUCACAGUACGAAUAUACAUGUAUACGUUGGCACCAGAUUUUUAAAAUGUCUUUGGGGAGAGGGGAUUGAACUUAUUAUAGUUAACGAAAUCAUCGUAUGCACGUAAACCGAAAAAAGGCAUGUGUUCUCUAAAAACACCGCUCAAAAACGUCUAAUGAAUUCACAAUAUUAUUACAUAUUGUUUACUACGGUCAAUUUUAUUAGGUUUGAAUUACAUACUGAAAACUCCCAAAAUGUGUUCAUACAAUAUGGUAUUGAAAAGUGUAUAAUUAAUGUUUUUACGGAUUAUUUUUGUAGUUUCGUAUGUUAUGUAUUUAUAUGAAUAUUAUACCUUAAUUGAUUCGUUUGUACUAUUUUUUUAAAAUAUUUUUUUUUGUUUUUUUAUUUUUGUAAUUUAGCGUAUAAGUAAUAUUAUAUUGUAUGUAUAUAUAUGUGUAUUCAAAUGACGAAUAUAGGACUGCCCGGGGACACCAUUUGGGGGGCUAGGCCUGCACUCGCAAUCCCUUGUAAGUUGUAAUUUUUGUCCAUAGUUGACUCAUGUAUUGAUUUACAUCAAUAUUUUGGCCGUGACAUUCACGCUUAAAUAAUAUUCGAUUUUUCUAUUUACAUUUUGUACAAAAUCAUAUGCCUAUUGCAUUUUAAUAAUUAGUUUCAACAAUAAUUGACCAGAUACCUGGUAAGGAGGGGGGGGGAAAUAGGCCUCAUAAAAUUUUUGCACCCCCGUAUAAAAAAAUGAAAUACUGAAUACGUACUAAAAAAAAACAAAUUUAAUUCAAAUGUAAAUAUUUAUUUUCUCAAUAUCCAAAAAUUCCUUUAUGAAUACAGUCAAAUUUCUCGUCGUCUUGAUUGCAAUAAAAUAAUUUUUGUUUCAAGGUCGCUGUAGUCGGUGUAUAUACCUACCAUGGGAACUCAAAAAAAACACUAUUUCGUAAUAUCAUCAGAAAGAUUAUACACGAGAAUUGCUAUAGUGACGUCCUCUCCUCUCUCAUAUAAUAGACUAAACAACAGUUAAUAUUAUUGUUAUUUUUGUAAUGCACAUACGAUAGUGUGUAUUGCGUACUAUCAAUCGAAACAUCCCAGAAAUACACUAGUGCAACGCAAACGGACAAACAUUUUGUUUCCCCCUCCGUACAUUUAUAAUCGUAAAUAUUUUUCUACAAAAUCGUAACGUACCUAUAUUAUUAUAACAUAAAAUAUUUUUGUUUUUUUUUUCUUUUACGACGAGCGUAAACAGCAAUAUUUUAUGUAUACGUAACGUGUUUUAUUUUUAAAAACAUUUUUUUUCUAAAAAUAUUAACUUAAGGAGAUUAUUAUUAUUAUUUUUUUUAUAACAUUUUUAUACAAUGUCCGGUACACGAUAU